UUGGCCGUAUAGUGUUCGAGCUCUUUGCUGAUGUGGUCCCUAAAACGGCAGAGAAUUUUCGGGUUCUGUGUACUGGUGAAAAGGGGAUUGGCACCAGCACAGGCAAACCCCUGCAUUACAAGGGCUGUCCAUUUCACCGCAUCAUCAAGAAAUUUAUGAUCCAGGGUGGAGAUUUUUCUAAUCAGAAUGGAACUGGAGGAGAGAGCAUAUAUGGAGAUAAAUUUGAGGAUGAAAACUUUUACUAUAAGCAUGACAAAGAGGGGCUUCUCAGCAUGGCCAACGCCGGCCCAAACACAAAUGGCUCGCAGUUCUUUAUAACCACCGUUCCAACGCCACACCUGGAUGGGAAGCACGUGGUCUUUGGCCAAGUGCUAAAGGGAAUGGGGGUGGUGAAGAUGCUGGAGGCCAUAGAAACUAAAGAUGAUAAUCCUGUGAAGCCCUGCAUAAUUGCUGAAUGUGGAGAACACAAAGCAGGAGAUGAGUGGGGGAUCGCUCCGAACGAUGGCUCGGGAGACUUAUAUCCAGAUUUCCCCGAGGAUUCAGAUGUGGACUUUAAAGAUACGGAUAAAGUCUUGCCUGUGGCAGAGGAUAUCAAGAAUAUUGGAAAUAACUUCUUUAAAGCUCAGGAGUGGCAGUCUGCCAUUAGAAAGUAUUCAAAAGCUCUCAGGUACUUAGAACACCAUGGCAACAUUAUAGACGAUGAAAAUGAUGAUAGUGUCCAAAAGAAACUGGAGCCAACAGCCCUGAGCUGCAUUCUCAACACUGCUGCUUGCAAACUUAAACUAAAGCUCUGGCAAGAAGCGAUUGCAAGCUGUGAUGAGGCCUUGCAGCUGAACCAGACAAACACUAAAGCGCUGUUCAGAAGAGCUCAGGCCUGGCAGGGACUGAACGAAUUUAAUAAAGCCAUGAUCGAUUUGAAGAAAGCACAGGAGAUUGCACCAGGUGACAAAGCGAUUGGAAACGAAAUGCUGAAAGUGAAGCAGCAAGUGAAGGAAGAGAAGGAGAAAGAAAAGAAGAUUUAUGCCAAAAUGUUUGCAUAAAAGAAACCGCCUUGACCUCGAGCCUCACUGAUCUACCUGCGUAUCUUUACUUGCUUUACACCUGGUUUAUAAACCGUUAUGCUUUCUUCUCUGUGCAGUUUGGAAAGAGAUAUUUAACAUCUGUACUGUGUGUAACAAAUGAGUUUUUGUCUGUGAGUGAUGAAACAAAACUUUCUGUGUAUUUGAAGUAAGCUGAUGUUAGGGUUACCGUGACUGCUGUGCAAAGGUUUGGUACAUUUUGAGGUGACCUUUAAGAUUGCAUCUGCUUUAUUUCAUUUUUUGGUCCCUGCAUUUGUCUUAACUGUUGUACGUUUAUGUGAGAGAAACUCUUUAAUCAAAAUUUGUUUAAUUUUUCACACUUUGUAGAGUGUAAGGUGUAAACUUGUACUACAGCAAACCAGCAGAUUAAAACCAUUCAUUUAUUUUUACCAUU